AUGACGACGACGAUGAACAUGAAUGCUCAUAAUACAACACCUAGUUACAUGAUUCCUGGUCAUCCUCAACAUGUUAGUUAUGGUCAACCACCACCCAUCUCUGAAAGUCGUAUUGAUAAAGCCUAUGUUACAUCAAUUCGUGGCAUUCUCAAAUUUGCUUGUUUGAUUGCAUCCAGUGUAACAAUUCAUUAUUGUCGACUUCCUGGUCAAGUUGCUGGUGGAGUUAUGGGAAUUUUUGCGUUUAUAUUUUUGGCUGCUAAUGCUGUCACUAUUUUCAUGGCUCGACGCGACGAACCAACGCCUAAUAUAAAUAACAAUGAUAUUCGAUAA